CUGCUUCCAAACUUUUUUUCUUUCCUAGUGAAAAAUCUCUUUCAGAGCCUAGAUCUUACCUCUGAACCACCGCCAUACGAGCUUGCAAACUCUUUUGCUGAGUUGCAUGAUGGCAACAAGGAGGAUAACAGAACCAAAUUGCCAGAAAGAACGCCACCAUCAUCGCGACGGAAUUCAGAUGCAUCAAAGAAGUUACUGCGUGCCACUGAUUCGCUGCUCAUAAAAAAUAGUCAGAAAUUGCAAAGGAAAGAGAUGAUCAGCCCGAUUGUUGCAAGGUCGGUGCGUAUGCUAGAUUCCGUGUCAGACUCGUCAGAUGCGGAUGAUUCGUCGUGGAGUAGUCCUGUGAGGACUCCUCUUUCUUUGGACAGUGAGACUAAAAAACUUCUUAAUGGCUCUUCUGAUGAGAUGCUGUUCAAUGGUGGAAGACGAGAGUCGAUUGAAACAUUGAUCAGUAGUGUUCAUGCUCAACAGGUGCCAAAUCUUGAGAGCCUCAUCUUGUUGUACCAUGACUCGAAUGGAGUUAAUCCAACAAAAAUUGAUAAAAAUGGAGUGGCACCGCUGACGCCAUCAAAAAUCGCAGACGAUGAUUUGACUCCAAUUGAAAAGCCAGCGGCUCCAAUGGCGUCGAUAGAGGAGGAGAUGACAAUCAGUCAAAUCACAGCCGCUUCAUAA